UCCAGUGAUGUUUACCAAUCAGAAGAGAGCUGAAGUCUGCAUUAAGAUCCUCACCAGUGUCAGUUAUUCACAAUCACUCACUGAGAUGGAGAGGUCAAGAGUUGCUCUCAUCAUGCUUAUGUUUUUAGUCUUCCAUCAGACAAGAAUCUAUGGAGAAGAAGUGGAGAUGAAAGUCAGACCAGGAGACAACAUCACUCUCUACUGUGAUUGCUCUCUAACUUCUGGUUCCCUCAUUGUAUGGAUAAGAAACUGCUCUCAUGAAAAUCAACCCUCUCUCAUAAUAAAUUUUUGGCAAUGGAAACUGAAGAUAUUUCAGCGUUUCAGCUCUAUCUACAACCGCUACAGUAAUUCUUAUGAUCUACAUAUUUCCAACAUCAGUGACUCUGAUCUGGGACUGUACUACUGUGCAGAACUAGAGAGAAGGGUAAAAAAAGAUGACAAAGGCAUCAUCUCCUCAUCAGAAGUGUACUAUUAUGGAAACCGCACAACUCGUCUCUCUCUGGAAGAACAAGUGACUUCCUGUUCUGAACCCUCCGCUCCUCCUGACUGUGUGCUCUGCUGGACGCUGCUGUUCAGUGUGUGUCCGGUGUGUGUUCUCCUCUCUUCACUCCUGUCCUCCGUCUGUGUGUUCUGCUUCUGUCGGGCUCAAACUACAGGUUCUGAUUGGAGUGCAAAGAUGCUCACAGCGGAUGUUAAUAAGUGGGAUCCUAUGGAGAAUCAUCAGUGUGAGAUGAGUAAGACUGGAAAGAUCUGCCUUCACACUGAAGUCUCUUAUAGACUAUUGACCUCCAAGAUGUGAUUCUGCCUGCUCAAACUUCUACAUACUACUGCAAAAUUAUUGCCUACUAUUGAUCACUCUUUUUGUACUAAGCAAAUUCAGAUGUGAUUUCUGAACUUGUGUUUUUCUCAAGCAUGCUUUUUAACUACAAAACCAGUCUUAAGUGUUAAUUUUUCUAAAUUGAUAUUUAUAAAGCAUCUGAAAUAAAAUUAAUAAGCUUUCCACUGUUGUAUGGUUUAUUAGGAACAGACAUUAUUUGGGCUGAGAUACAACUAUUUGAAAAUCUGGAAUCUGAGGGUGCAAAAAAAGAAAGAUAAAAAAAGUACUGGGAAAAUCACCUUUAAAGAUAUCCAAAUGAAGUUUUAGCAAUGCAUAUUUCUUAUAAAAAAUUAAGUUUUGAUAUAUUUUUACGGUAGGAAAUUUACUAAAUAUCUUCAUGGAACAUGAUCUUAACAUCCUAAUGAUUUUGACAAAAGAAAAAUCUAUAUUUUUGACCAAUACAAUGUUUUUUUGGUUAUUGCUAAAAAAUAUACCCCAUUGUCUUAAGACUGGUUUUGUGGUCCAGGGUCACAUUUAGUAUGCACGCACACACAUGAAACAAACUUGGAACACAUAGAAUUAUCAUCUUCAUCUUCAUAGAAUUACACAUUUACAUAUGUAAUUACCCAUAAAGCAAAACAUAUUCACAAAAGGUAAAUCACUUUUAAAAAUGCUGAAAGUUGAAAUAAAAUAUGAGCAAAAUAGAAAAAGGUUUUCAGUUUUAGUUUUGUUAUUAAAUGUUAUCUGCGCAUUUUCUGAUUUUACAUUUUAUUUUCAUUAUAAAAUAACAAUAAUUAUAUUUUUUUGAGAGUGAGAGAAGACUUCAUAUAAUAACUAGGUGUUUAUUAGCAAA